CUUAUCAGAAUCUGAGACAACGUGUUGACAACUUUGUUGCUAACCACUUAGCAACUCAUACCUGGAGUCCCCACCUCAAUAAGAACCAGCUAAGAAACAAUAUUAGACAACAAGUGCUCAAAUCAGGAAUGUUGGAGUCUGGCAUCGACCGAAUUAUUUCUCAAGUUGUGGAUCCAAAGAUCAACCACACAUUCAGACCUCAGGUAGAGAAAGCUGUGCAUGAGUUUCUGGCCACACUAAAUCACAAGGAGGAAGCCGGGGGCACCGUGACCCCCGAGGAGGAGAAGCCGGACUCUGCCGUCAGCAUGCAAGGUGUCCCUGCUCCUGGGCCCAGUGCCAAUGUGGCCAAUGAUGCCAUGUCCAUCUUGGAAACCAUCACUUCUCUUAACCAAGAAGCUACUGCUGCCAGGGCCUCCACAGAAACAUCAAACCCUAAGACUAGUGAGCGGGUAUCCAAAAGGCUCCCGUCCCAGCCCAGCACUGACACCAGUACUGAGAAGGAGAGAAUUGCAGAGGACAUGGCUGAUAAAGACAAGUCUGUGCCAGACUCCGCGGGCGAAGGACAGGAAACGGCCCCGAGGUCUGAAGAAUGUAGUGAUCUUCCUUGUCCAGUUGAAGAAAUUAAAAAUCACACAAAAGAGAGUAAUAGUUCAGUUCUGCUAAAUAAAGAUGUUCAACAGGAAAGCAGUGACCAAAAAAAUAAGUCAACAGACAAAGGUGAAAAGAAACCAGACAGCAAUGAAAAAGGAGAAAGAAAGAAAGAAAAGAAGGAAAAGACUGAAAAGAAAUUUGAUCACUCAAAAAGGAGUAAAGAUACACAAAAAGUCAAAGAUGAAAAACAGGCAAAGGAUAAAGAAGCAGAGUGCACAAAAGUUCCUUCAGAAAAGAACAGUAAUAAAGCUAAAGCCAUGGAAGGGACAAAAGAAGAUGGCUCUGCAGUAGAUUCUGACGUGGAUGGACUGACGGACAUUACAGUUAGCUCUGUCCAUACCAGUGACCUCUCAUCUUUUGAAGAAGACACUGAGGAGGAGGUUGUAAUGUCUGAUAGCAUGGAGGAAGGAGAGAUUACGUCAGAUGAUGAAGAGAAGAACAAACAGAAUAAAACAAAACCUCAAACCUGUGAUCCCAGUGAAGGAAAAGCUAAAAGUGUACGGCAGGCUUACGUUCACAAGCCAUACCUUUACUCAAAGUAUUACAGUGAUUCCGAUGACGAACUCACGGUAGAACAGCGGCGACAGUCGAUUGCUAAAGAAAAAGAAGAGAGGCUUUUAAGAAGGCAGAUUAAUAGAGAAAAACUUGAAGAGAAACGAAAACAGAAAGCAGAAAAGACAAAGUCUUCAAAAGCUAAGAGUCAAGGCAAAAGUAGUGUGGAUUUAGAAGAAUCAUCAGCAAAGAGUUUGGAACCUAAAGCCCCCAGAAUUAAAGAAGUCCUUAAAGAACGGAAAGUUUUAGAGAAAAAAGUAGCCUUAAGCAUAAAAAGAAAAAAAGAUUCAAGGAAUGUUGAAGAUAAUUCUAAAAAGAAACAGCAAGCAGAAGAAGAUUCCAAAGAAACACUCAAAACAAGUGAGCAUUGUGAAAAGGAAAAGGUGUCUUCUUCCAAGGAUUUGAAGCAUGUUCAUACAAAAACUGAAGCAAGUAAACCUACCCGGAGACUCUCAGAGUGUUUGCAUUCAGCUGAUGAAAGCAAAAAUGAGUCCAGAGUGGAAAAAGAACACAAAAGGCGGACCUCUGCUCCUGUGGUGGUAGAAGGGGCACAGGAGGAGACGGAUGCGCGCGAUGGGAAAAAGCUAGCAGAGCGCUCAGAAAUGGUCACAGAAGAACCCCCGAAACAGAAAGGCACCCUGAAAAGUGAAAAGCAUGUUAGGAAGGAGGAUUCUGAAACACAGCAUGUGAAGAACCUCCCUAAGAAAGAGACAAAGUCCUUCAAGGAGAAGCCUGAGAAAGAGAAAACUCUUUCUGAAGACAAGUUGUCUGUGAAGCAUAAACAUAAAGGGGAGAGUGCACAUAAAGCAGGCGAUGAGACCGAGCCCCACCCCCCUGAGAAAGGGGUUAAAGGGGAGGAAGGCGUUCAGAAGCAAAGCCAACAACCUAAGCUUUCUGCGGAUGAUAAAGCUGAACGGAAGAAUAAACAUAGGAAUGAAAGGAAAUUGUCAAUUUUAGGCAAAGAUGGAAAGCCAGUUUCUGAAUAUAUUAUAAAAACAGAUGAGAAUGUGCGUAAAGAAAACAACAAAAAGGAGAAACACCUGUUGACGGAGAAAACUAAGGCAGAGCACAAAUCGAGAAGAUCAGGUGAUUCUAAAAUUCAGAAAGAUUCUCUGAGUUCCAAACAACAUGGAGCCCCGUUACAGAGAAGAAGUGAAAGUUGCUCAGAGGAUAAGGGUGACAUGGACUCGACUCAUUUAGAUAGCAGUUCAAAACCUGAAGAGGCUGUGCCCAGGGAGAAGCGAAGAACCAAGAGCUUGUUAGAUGAAAGACCUGCGCUCAAGUCAAAAUCAAAAAGUCAAGGCAAGCCGUUAAAAGCCAGUGACAUAGAAUCACAAGAAGGUGUCACAAGACAGACAACCACGUCCAAACCAGACAAGGAGAGGAACACAGAAGACAGUGACCCAGACAGACAGCGGAAGGCUAAAGCCGAGGACAGAUCCGAGGAGGCCGGUGCUGACCCUGCACCUGAGGGUGCGGCAUCCUUGGCCCACGGUGCACAGAAGGACUCCGGUCACCGAGCAAAGCCGCUGCUGGCAAAGGACAAACACAAGGCGGAGAAGGAGUCGGGCUCCUCCAGACUGGAGAGGAGAUUAUCAGAUGGGCACAAGAGCAGAAGCACAAAGCACAGUAGUAAGGACGUGAGGAAGAAGGAAGAAAGCAAAUCCGAUGACAAGGAUGGGAAAGAAGUUGACAGUAAUCAUGAAAAGGCCAGAGGGAAUAGCUCAGUCAUGGAAAAGAAAUUAAGUAGAAGGGUGGGUGAAAAUCGAAGGGGCAGCUCAUCCCAAGAAAUGACCAAAGGAGAAGAGAAAUUGGCAGCCAAUGCUGCAGGCACUCCCAGUAGUUCCUCCCUUCCGCGACCAAAAAGAGGAGGCGAUGCCACACUGAUCCCCGGGCAAGAGCCAAUGGAGACCGACAUGGAGCCUGCUGUCGGAAACGCACUGGAAGUAUCGAAAACCCCGGAGAGCAGCAGCAGCGGUUCUCAGCAAGACACCGGCCUUGAAAAUGUGAUGAAACCAAAGGCCACAGCCACGAUCCUAAAGGAUGAGUUAAGAGCUUCCACAGGAGAGGCAAAAGCUGCUCCCACCUGUAAACCCGAACGUGGAACAGUGGCUGCUGGUAAUUCUGAAAAGCACACAAACCAUAAAAGUGCCGGGACCAAGAAAGCUGUGUCCAAGCUGAGUCCCGGGGAGAGGGAUCCCCCUCAGCCAGGGACCCAUGAAGCCAGUGUGGACUCAGAGGCUGGUCCCAGAAUCGUGCCUCGUGUCCCGGCAGAAAAUGGCCGGGCACAAAAGACUGUGAAGCACCCAAGACCCACUGAGGAGCGUGUUGCUCAAGGAGGUGCUGUUCAUGAACAUUCCACAAAUUCGGACCCAUCGCUGUCCUUAAGUCCUGUGAUUGCUGUGCCUCAGAAACAGCCCCAUGGUGCAGAUGUUGUUACUGUAGGCGACAGAAGGCCUGUUUCAGAUGGUGGCUCGGGCAGCACCUGCCUGGGGGACAGCUCGGGUCUCCCUCAGCAGAGCUUGUUGGUGAGAGAAUCGGAAGUCCUGAGGUCAGGUCACAGCAAAGAAGGUGGAUCACUUUCCACACCAGAUAUGCCAGCAAAAGUGAGCCUAGAUAGCAAAAGACACAUUCCAGAAGGUUCCCAGGCCACCACACUGCAUGGUAAACAAGGGAAAGUAAACGUACCUCUUGGUAGCAAGUCAACAGACAUGAUUGUGGGACAUGAGAAUGUUAGCAAAGAAGACGGCUUGCUGGAUGAGUCCAGGAGAGAAAGUGCCUUGAGUGCAGAACCCACCUCAAAGCAGAUGGUUAGAUCUGCAGCAGAAAGUGGCAGAAAGGAUGUGCUCGCUGUUGUCCCUGGUGUGAGCAUGAGCACUGAAAAGGAUGCUCAAACUGGUGAACUUAAGCACAGUAGAGGCCCAAGUGAAGUAGAACAUCUAACAGUUGUUGCAAGAAGGAAGGAAAACAGUGAGGUAGACACCAGUGCAGGAGGUAGCACUGCUUCCUCCAUUUCACACCAAAGGAAUAGGAAAGCUGAGGAUGGGGUGAAGCCUUCUCUCGCCACCAGCACCGAAGGGAAGGACAAAGGCAUGACCUCCAACCCUGUAAACACCAGGGCUGCCACAACCACUUCAGAAGCAGGCGACGGGGAGGGGGUGCUGCCUUGCACGAGCAUUGAGGCAGACAAUGGCCUCACAAGGGGCUCCAGAACCAAUGCCCUGCACGGCAGGGCCCACACCAGCCCAGGCACCGUGUUUGCCGCAGCAGAAGAAGGUGGGGCCGUGGUGACCGAGGGCUUCUCAGAGAGCGAGACCUUCCUCACCAGCACGAAGGAGGGAGAGAGUGGGGAGUGUGCUCUGGCCGGAUCUGGAGAGCCAGCCGCAGACCCAGCAGCUGCCCAGGCAGCCACAGUCAAUGACAUUGUCAACAGUGCUAUGACGGAAGAGAAGGAUGAUGCUGUGACCAGCGCGGGCUCCGAAGGGAAAUGCGAAGGUUCUUCCCGUCGCGACUCAGAAAGAGUCAGGGGGACUGUGACUUUCACUGGGGAAGGCGAGAGUGAUGGGGCCGUAACCAGUGCCGGGACAGAACUGCGGGAGAGAUCCUUGAGCAGUGGAGAGAGAACUGUGACGAGAGCGGGCCCCAAAAAGGAACCCGAGGGAACUGUGACAUGUACAGGAGCAGAAAGGGGAAGCGAAGGCAUGGCGGCGUGCGUGGUCACUGGAGCAGGGCCCCAGGAGGAGCGCCUGGUGACAGGUGCAGCAGAGGUCCUGGCCGACAAUGACACGCCACCAGGAGCCAGUGCCCCCCAAGAGGGAGGUGGGUCUGUGAAUGACGGGGCAGAGGGGGAGAGCGCCGUCACCAGCACAGGGAUCACAGAAGACACAGAGGGACCGGCCAGCUGCACAGGCUCGGAGGAGGGCAGUGAAGGCUUUGCUCUAAGCUGUGAAUCAGAAGAGAAUGGACAGAGUGCGACGGGCAGCACCGCAGCCAAAGAAGCCACCAACGUGCCAUUGGUCGCUGCCGGUCCUGGUGACGACGAAGACAUUGUCACCAGCACGGGUGCCAAAGAGGAGGAUGAGGAAGGGGAGGAUAUGGUGACUAGCACUGGAAGAGGCAAUGAGAUUGGACAUGCCUCCGCCUGCACGGGGAUAGAGGAGAGUGAAGGGGUGCCCAUGUGUGAGAGUGCAGAGGAAGGGGAUGCUCAGAUCGGGACUGCAGUGGGGCAUGCAGCGGCUGAGGCCGGGGCCACCAUCAGCGCCCCUGAAAGUAACGUCGACAGCAUGAGUGCCGCAGACAAGGAGAUGAAAGACACAGAGAUCUGCUCCAGUGCCAAGGGGAUUGUGGAGAGCAGCGUGACCAGUGUGGCUUCGGCAAAGGCUGGGGCGGCACUGGGGCCUGAAGGGUGUGAGGGGCCCAUGACAAGUGCAGCUUCAGGUCAGAAGGACAGUCCGCUGGCCAGAAAAGACCACGUCGAAGAGACCGCUAUUUCCACUGGCCUGGUGGGGGGCAGUCACGAGAGACUGGUAUCUGCUGCAGGCCCAGAAUGGGAAGUUCAUCACACGUCGCCCAGGGAGAAAGAAGAUGAAGGUGCCAUCACCUCUGUGGAGAGUGAGCAGUGCGAUGGCCGCGUGGCUGCCACUGCCAGUGACAUUACCAACCAGAGUCGAGGCAUGGGCCUGGUGAUUUCCACCAGCACGAUGAGUGAUUGCACCGCACAGCUCAGUGCCAGGAUGGAUGGGGAGGGUCAUCCCAGUUCUCUGAGAGCUGAAGAAGGUGCGGAAGGCACCGGGGACAGCACGGAGGAGUUCGAGGCCCCCAUGCCCAGUGCGGCUUCAGGAGAGGAAAGCCCCCUCGCUCUCGUGGGAGAGGAGGAGAAGGACGAGUGUGCUAUGAUUUCCACCAGCCUCAGGGAAGAGUGCGAAGUGCCUGUCUCCAGCGCAAGCACCAUCCUGGGUGCUGGCAGCCAGCAGCCGGUCACAGCGGUUGGAGGAAGAGCCACCGGCCCUAUGCUGGCCAGCACCGAUGACUUCGAGGUGCCCAUGCCCAGUGCACCCACGAAGGCCGAGAGCCCUCUCGCCUCCACCAGCAAGGAGGAGAAGGACGAGUGUGCCCUCAUCUCCACCAGCGUGGCCGAGGGUUGUGAGGCCUGCAUUGCCGGGGUCGCUGCAGAGAGUGGAGGUGAGCAGCCUGGCCCGGCCAUGGAGGAGAAGGAUGGGAGCGCGGUCAUCUCCACCAGCUCAGUGGAGGACUGUGAGGGCCCGGUGUCCAGUGCCGUCCCUCAGGAGCAAGUCCGCCCCUCGGCCACACCAGCUGAGGAGGUAAGCGACACCACUGUGAUAUCCACAAGCACCUCCGAAGGCCGGGAAGCGGUCAUGAGGGGUGCUGGGCUGCGGGAUGAAGACCGGCCUGCCACCGCAGGGGCGGAGGAUGUGAGUGAGGCCGCCCUCAUCUCCACCAGCACAGCUGAAUGCGCGCUGGUCCUCGCCAGCCUGGAUGGGCAUGGGGAGACUCCGCUGACUGCAGGCCACCCAGAAGGGACAGGGGGCCAGUCUGCUGCAAAGGUGAGCAAGUGUGAGGCCCCCAUGCCCAGCCUUAUUGCUGAGAACAACUGUCAGUGCCCUGGGCCACUCCCAGGAGGAAGAGCAGUGAGCCCCAGGGAGAGGCCGGAUGGGGUGCCGGUCAGCGCACCCUCUGCAGGGGGAGGCCAGUCGGGAGAGAAGAGAAUACCCUGGAGCUCCGAGGCAGAGACGGCAGGGGACAGCAGUACAGCCCGCCCUUCAGCAGGGAGGGACUUGGAGAGGAGUGCUGACGAGCCUGUGAGCCUGAGACCAGAGCAAAUGCCUGGGCAGACGGCGGAGGGCUCCUCCAUCAGCGCCCACUCUGUGACAGCAGGGAAAGCCGGUGCUGAAAUGGCUGAGGGCGGGCCACAGGGCAGAGACGCUGAAGUGGAGCAGCCCUCUCUUCCUCCUGCCCAGCGGGACCCCACCACCACCGCACGUAUUCAUGGCCAAGGACCCAAUGCCACUCCUGCCCACUCUGUCCUUCCGGAUGUCUGCAGUGCCACAGCAGCCGCAUGUGAGCAGGACUUGCCCAUCAAGAGUGUUCAGGCACCAGCUGAGAAAACAGGAGAUGGCGUGGUGAAGCCAUCCCAGGAGGAAGGAGCCCUCGCAGUCACUGUUUCUCCUGAAGAAAAUUUGGGUGACAAAGGCAGCGAAGAGUCUCCAUCGGAUGUUUUGGGAGGAUUGGACUUGAAAGCCAGCUUGAGGACUGAGACAUUUGUACCAGCAGUGGAAGAGACAACUCAUGAAAUUCCAGCACCGUCAGGAAGUCCACGUGGGAGAAAGCCGACUGGAAUAGCUGAACAGCAGAGGGAGUCUGGGUCGGUGAAUGCAUCACUGAAGGUUGAAAAUUCAGGCUCAAGAACAAAUGAAGAUGUUCACAGCAAGUCUCAUAACAAAGAAGAGAUUUCCAGUGCUAGAGAUGACAGCACAGAAGCCAGACGGGGUCAAGGUGCUGAAGCAGAUCCUAUAGAGGUGGAGGAGAACGAAAGGAAUACGCGUGGGAGGAAAAGGAAGAAGCACUACCCCUCCUCAGAAGACGAACUGGACGAUAAUUCAGAUGCCCCGGAUUCCAAAAUAGAAGCGGCACGGAGGCGACGCUCUGAAGCCGAGCCACGGGAUGCGAAGGAAGAAAGCUCUGGAGAUUCGGAAGAGUCAUCUAAAACCAGUCCCGGCACGCGCAGCGCGGCCGCUCGGGCCAUGGAGGAGCGAGAUGAGUAUAGCGGAGGCGAAGCUGCUGGCGAGAAGACAGAGCAGAAUGACGAUGACAACUCUAAGUCUCAGGAGGAAGACCAGCCAGUGAUCAUUAAAAGGAAGAGAGGAAGACCUCGGAAACACCCUGUGGAAACAGCAGUAAAAACAAAAGAAGACUGCAAAGCAGAUACCGGCGUUGGCACUGUAGAACAGUCUCCCCCUGGUGGCAAACCGAAAGUAAUGCAAGCAGAUGAGUCCAGUAAAGAACCAGGUGCCCUGCAAGAAAGAAGUGGAAGCAACGAUGAUGGUGACGAGAGAGCGGUGGCGGGUGCACGGCGGCGAGGAAGGAAGCCCAAGCGUUCUCUCACCUCAUCCGACGAUGCCGAGUCCUCGGAACCAGAAAGGAAACGCCAGAAGUCGGUUUCUGAAGCCACCGAGGACAGGAAAGACCAGGAGUCCGAGGAGGAGGAAGAGGAGGAGGAGGAAGAAGACGAGCCCUUGGGGGCCACCACCAGGUCCGCCGCCAGGUUAGAGGCCCAGAGGUCGAAGGCACAGCUGUCACCUUCCACCAAGCGCAAGAGGGAGGGCAGCCCACCAGGGACGCGCACGCGAGGCCAGCAGAGAGUGGAGGAAGCGCCCACGAAGAAGGUGAAGCGGUAAUCUGCCUGCCGCCCCGGGCGUCCUGAGCCCGAGGGGUCUCGAUAGAGAAGAGGGAGGACGCUCCACCCUCGCCGUCAGCGGGCUUUAACCAGGGAAAGGACAUGCAUGUGCCGAGUUCCUAGUGCAAGCUUUCCUCAUUAGGUUUGGAACAGCUUUAUAAACUAUUGUUCAUAGAAGGUAUUAUGUACAUUUACUUCAGAUAAAGGAAAAUAGGUUUACUUUGUAUCUGAACUCGACAGAGGAGCUGUAUAUUUUAACAUUGGGACUUCCCCACGGGGCACACCACCAACACACACCCUCCCGCCCAUCGGACACCAGGCCGCCUGCGGGUCCCCUAUGUACAGUAUAUAAACAUGUAAAAAUAGGUUGUAUUUUACUCUGUGUAUGAUGCUAAUCAAUGAACACUUUAUUUAUUUUACAGAGAAAACUUAUCUGUGAACUUUACUAUAUAUCUGUUUAUUAUUUUAUUAUUUUUUUAAUUAAUGGAAGGGUUUUUAAAGGCUGUGCAGUCAUUAGAAGUGUUUUAGGACUGCCUGCCCUGUACCUGUCUCAGCCUGGCCUGGCAGGAACUCCGGAGCCUCCGCGCAUGCAGCCAGUGAAGUAGCUUAGCUCACGGCCCGCCGCUCUUCUGCUCACAGUCGUGGGUCGGUGUUUUAGGAAUGUAACUUGUUUUAGACGAUUCUCGCAUCUGUGAUUUUACGGGCGGGAGGGGCUCUGGUCUGGUAGCAUUGGCGGCCACGCCCCUCUGCUGCCCCUAGACUGAGGCCCUGUUCUUUCCCCAUCACCUUUUCUGGAAGAGAAACGCUUCGAAGAUCAGGUCACUGCUAUCAUGAUUCAGGAUUUUGUGUUGUUUCCUGCACAAUUACUUCAGGAUAGAGACUGGCUUUGCUGCCAGGUCCUUUUUUAAACACCUUCAACUCCCAUACGAGCAAACUGUCCAACUUACAUUUUUCUUAAGGUUAAACUGUUCUUAAGAUCAAAUUUGUCUCUAGCAAUGAUGUGAUGAGUUGCCAAAUAAUUGAGAUUAUUUUAAAAUGUUUUAUUCAUAUUCUUGUUUUGUAAUUAAAAUUUACAUUCAGUGUGUGUGAAAUUUUUUUUGACUCAAUGUAAAGUGGUUAUUUCUGUCAUUUUACAUGGUUUCUUACUGAGAUUUUAUAUAUAAAUUAUAAAAUGUUUCCCAAAACUUUA